GGGAAAGAGGGAGUUGGACCACAGAGGAGAGGAAUGGAAGCAGAGAGCAGCAGAUUUUAUUUUGAUUGCCGAGCAAAAUCGACGAGCCGGGGUGAAAAGUUGUGAAAACCAUCUGUGUCUGGGUGGACGGCCGUGAUGGAAGCUGUCCGUCUCUCUGGAUAUUUUGGGUCUCCAUCACCCACCCACUGAUGAAUCCUCUUCACUAACAACAGAAUGGCUCUAAACAGGAACCUGUUGAUUACAAACCUGGUGAAAACGGCCUUGUGCCCCUGACCCGUGCCGGAACGCUGGAGAGGAUGGCCGAACAUCUUCACAGCAGCACGCUGUCUGCGUCUGGGGCCACCCAGCCCAUCCCUUUCCUCACGCUGGAACAGAAGGCUGCCUUCGUCUUUGUGCUCCUGCUCUUCAUCUUUCUGGGGCUGCUGAUCGUGCGCUGCUUCCGCAUCCUGCUGGAUCCCUACAGCAGCAUGCCGAGUUCCACGUGGACGGACUAUAUGGAAAAAGACACGUUUGACUACCGCAUCGCCUGAUGGUUACCU